AAGUGUGUGCUGGAGAUAUCGUUAUCAUUUUUUGAUUGGAAAUGCGAGUGCUGUCGUCUGGAUUCUGCAAUGCAAAUGAAUGACAUAAUGGCCAAACUGAAAUUGUUAGUUUUUUUGUCGCUUCUCGCAGGAUGUUACUGCACUCGGCUUGGACGUUUGGAGCCUGGAAAUUCGAAAAUCGUUGGAGGCGCGGAUGCUGUCGUGGGUGAAAUUCCUUGGCAGGUAGCGAUCGAGACAUACAAUGGAAUACAUUACUGCGGAGGCUCAAUCAUCACUGAAAGAUAUGUUAUUAGCGCGGCGCAUUGUGUUGAUUACCCGCCUACAUACUUUAGAGUGGUUGCUGGCACUCUGAAAAUCGCUGAGCCUGGAUCAUUUCAUAACGUGACAAAAAUCACCCGUCACAAAGACUUCAAUAAUUUUGAUUUGCAAAACGACAUUUCAAUUUGGGAGAUCGACCCGCCAUUCGUUUUUAGUGAUACUAUUUCUCCAAUUGCUCUACCACCAAAUGACACGCAGACCCCUACUGGCUUGAUUCUCACAACCUCAGGUUGGGGCAAAACUUAUAAUACAAACGCACCUGAAAUUCUGCAAAAGGUUGAUAUUCCUGUGGUUGACCAAAAAUUUUGCACUGACGUUUGGUGGGAAGUGAAUGACAUCUACCCAUACCAGAUUUGCGCCGGAGAUACUGGAAAGGAUUCUUGCAACGGUGAUUCUGGUGGACCCUUGUACAAGGACGGUGUUUUGUACGGAAUCGUUUCUUGGGGAUCGUCUGCAUGCGGCGAGCCAGAUUUGCCGGGCGUUUACACAAGGGUGUCUUACUUCCGUGACUGGAUUUACAACCAAAUUGGCGUUUAAUUCAGCAACUAAUUUAGCACACAAGAAAAAAAACUUUGAUUUAUUUAUAAAGACGCUAAAUACAAAUUAUUUGAAUAAAAUUUGAUUGACGGAUACAUUUAAAAAUUGUCUCUCAUCUGUGUUCUUUAAUAGAAAAAAUAAAAUAUUCUAUCAUUUUGUUUUUUUCAUA